CAGGAAAAGCUGUUAUGACGGAAAAACCUUGUGGUGAAACAUACAGCGACAUAAAACGAUGUUAUGAUCUGGCCGAACGUAUGGACAAGGUUCUCCUGACAGGAUUUCAGAGGAGAUUCGACACUACAUUCCAAGACGUAUUCCAAGCCUCAAGAAAUAAGGCCCUUGGAGACUUGCGAUUCUUAAGAGUCACCGGUCGAGAUUCUCCUAAACCCUCGUACGAGUUUUUGAGAAAUACAGAUGUAAGCGGAUGCAGCCUGAUAUCAGACAUGGCCGUACACGAUAUUGAUAUGACCGUAUGGUUGACCUCUGCAGAGCGGCCUAUUUCUGUAUACACAAUGUCGCACAUGCAUGAUCCAAUUAUGAAAGAAAUAGGUCAGCCCGAUUCCGGUUUAUUGGCACUGAAGUACGAGAGCGGAUUGAUUGCCAUUAUAGAUUCGGAUAGAGAGUCUCCAUAUGGUUAUGAUAUGCGGAUAGAGAUGUUCGGAUCAGAGGGAAUGGUGAAUGCCGAAAAUCGAAGAGAAUCUUCCGCUGUGAUAGAUGGUCAAGACGGUGGUAAACUUAAACGGUUAUUGAACUCCUUCCCGCAAAGAUUUGAGGCUGCCUUUGAAAAUGAAAUCGACCACUUUAUAGAUUGUUUGGAUGGUAAAGACACCCCAUUGAUAAAGAAGGAGGAAUGUCUACUUACGAUGGAAAUAGUAGAGAAAGGUGUGGAAUCAUUCAAAACAGGAAAAGUGGAAUAUCUAUGAGACUUCAUCAUCACACAUUCACAAAAACUUAAAGUAUCAUGGGUGUGUCUCGGUUAUCUGUUUUUAUAUACAAUAUGCAUGUAGAGAAAGGUAGCUCGUAAAAAAUUACCCGAUAUUUGUUUUUUACUUUAUAGCAUGAGAACUUUUUGAUUUUGAUUGAUCGUAACGAUCUUAAUUGAGAUGGUCAUAUAUGAAAAUCUAACACUGCUGUAAAAUAUUAAAUGAAUAAAAAGGGUGCUUACAAAGAUGAUAUCAACACCAGCGAAA